GCUGAAGAGCAUCAACAUGCUGUAGGUAUGAGUAGAUUCACAUUUGGUGGCGGCUACCUAUGUAUGGGCUGCGUAAUCUAAGACAGCCAGUCACAGGUCGCCACGCGCCCCGUAAAUCACAAGGUUCGCGUUCACAGGGCCAGAUGAGGCUGCAGCCUUAUCACGCUUUCGGGCAUUCAACCUGCUCUUUUUUAACAUUUCAACCCGACUGAGCUCAUCGGGAAAGCUUUAAAAACCACACCACAACCAGGAGAGAGCAUCUACACUCUCACCACCACAUCCACACGCGUACAGACGCCAUGGCUGAUCCAUCCCGCGUCUGCCGCCGCCACUUCUCCAGCGGGGAAGGUCCGGAUCGGUGCCUCCUCUGCGAGCUGGAGGUGCAGUAUGGGCUAACGCGCUUCGACUGCGACGACUGCGAUGGCAACUUUGGCAGCGAGCACGCCUUGAUGCAACACCGCAAUUCCGCCGUCCAUGAUGCGCAUCGGUGCGGGAGCUGCAAUCGCGUCUUUGGCAGUGCCGCCGCGCUCCAGCAACACGUCGAUUCUGGCAUCCACCGGCCAUCGCGCUUUGAGUGCGUCGUGUGCAACCGCAGCUUUGGCAGUGUCCAAGCCUUGAACCAGCACCGCAGCUCGGCGAGCCAUCUCUCUUACCAAUGCGAAGAGUGCAGCCGCUCCUUUAGCACUACGGAAGGCCUCGCUCAGCACUGGAACUCCAGGCAUCAGAAUCGCCGAUGCGAAGACUGCGAAGUCACCUUUGACAGAAUACACGAUCUGAUAUGGCACACGUGUGUCUACCGGCCCGAGACUUGGGACGACGAAGACGAGGAAUACCGGUGCCAUGAUUGCGACUCCGUCUUCAGCAGCCUCCUCUCCUUACAGAUGCACCAGGACGGAGAAGAGCCACCGGAGGAGACUGAUCCCCUGCGAUUCGAGUGCUCCCUGUGCGACCGGGAGUUUGGCAGCCAGCAUUCCCUAGACCAGCAUACUGCUGAUUCCCCAGUCCAUCGUCGUCGCCAGUUUAGAUGCCUCGAGUGCAAUCUAGGAUUCCUCAGCGGCGACGCUCUAGAGGAGCACAGGAACGACGCUUGGUUGCAUCCUCGAGAUUAUUCCCCCCCUCGGUCUCCGAUCAGAAGAUCCGGCCGCGUUCUCCCGGACAUGGAUCUCCUCACUCUCCGUGCGGGUGCCGUAUCGCUCGCUGUGCCCACCCAAUCGAGUUUCUCACAACCGUUUAACGUGGCCGACAUGUCCGACUUUAGCGAUGAGGAGUCCUUCUACAAUUAUCAGACCUAUGGCUACCCGACGAAUUUUGGGACGACAACUUCGCCGUCGACUGACGCCACUGCAGAGAGUGCUGGGUCGACUGGACAAGCUGGCUCAACGUCCAACCAAGGAGUCAAUCCCAGCCGCAAUCUUGACCCGUCAACCGUAACCAAGCCUGCAACUGAGGAUCCAAAAACGGAUCCCGUCGUCCUAGACAGCGAACCCGCUCCCUGCGAACCAUCAGAUCCGGAACAGCAGCUCAAGGCCGAACGAGAAAAAGUUGCAGCCCUGACCAGAGACCUUCUCGCAGCAAGAGAAGCACUUAAGAAGGAAAAGCUGCACCGGCAAUGCGGCAUGUGCUAUGAAAAACCCACCGACACCGUCACAAAAUGCGGCCACCUCUUCUGCGGCGGAUGCAUUGCAAACUGGCAGAGGCAGCACGACCAUCCGUUCCAGGCCCCGUGUCCAAUGUGUAGGAAGGCCAUGGGGAGAACCAUAAAAAUUUAUACGGAUUAGGCGAGUGAAUUUCUAUUAGGGUGUCCACGUGUAGUUGGGUGAUUUAUCUAGCUUUAACCCAGGGGAUGGGGUAUUGCUUUUGGGCGCAUCGGUAACAACAGUCACGCAGCAAGGCAACUUGAGGAGGUGUGUAAAAUCAGGGUAUGUAAAUGGUCCCUUGCUCGUGAAAUGAAUAUCUAUGUCUUAUAUAAAUGUACAAUCGAAUUUUGCCCAAUGAUAUCA